UUGCGCUACGCCUGGGCAACUCAAAUCCUGUAGAAAUUAGACGAGCAGGAGAGAGUGAGAAAGCCAGAGGUGCGAAGACGAUGGCGGCUGUCGUCGGGGAGGUGGACGUGGUGGAUUUCGAGCCCGACGAAGAUGAUCUCAUGGACGAGGACGUUGGUGCUGCUGAGGCCGACCCCUCCCCUGCUCCCAAGCUCCGAUCCACGGUCGCCGGGAGCGGCUCCUCUGGAUUAGAACCCAGGAAAACCAAAGGUCGCGGUUUCCGCGAGGAAGCAGGUCCCAAUCGCGGCAUCCGUCUCUCCGCCAGGGAUUUUGAUUCCCUUGACUCCGAUGGAGGCCCCGGGCCGCAGCGGUCUAUUGAGGGAUGGAUUGUGCUGGUAACUGGAAUUCAUGAAGAAGCACAGGAAGAUGAUCUGCACAAUGCCUUUCGUGAAUUUGGCCAAGUAAAAAAUUUGCAUUUAAAUCUUGAUCGUCGCACUGGUUUUGUUAAGGGUUACGCUCUGAUUGAAUAUGAGAACUUUGAUGAAGCCCAAGCUGCAAUUACAACACUGAAUGGAACUGAGCUCCUUACACAAACAAUUUUUGUCGAUUGGGCCUUCAGCAAAGGUCCUAUGAAGCGUAGAAACACAAGGAGAAGAUCCCCACGAGCUCAUCGUUCAAGGAGUCCUCCGAGGAGGAGAUACUAAAAUCUGCUUUGCUUGACAAGCUGUGAUUUGGGAUGUUGUCCUUCCAUUAUGUCAGUCUAUUUGAAUUUGAUGCGGAAGCACACUACUGGAGAUGCUGUAAGAUUUAACUAUGAGAAUGUAUGAGUAUUCUUGCCUAUAUUUCCUGUUUAAUGCUACGUUGUCUGCUUUAGAUAUUCCCUGCAAACAACCGAAUGAUGUUAACUGUGUGGCAAGGUUGUUCUAAUACAUAGUUGCUAUGGUUAGUUUUAGCAUUUUCAUUGA